CUUCCGGACUCAUUCCCUCUCGGUUGUGUGCAGACAGCGAGCGUCCAUUACAAUUAAAUGCAUCCGGACAAUUCUGCAACAGUCCCGCCAUUGACCUACUUCCGGUCAGCGCUGAGUGAGUCCACACGGCCCCUCGUCUCCUCUGAAGGUUAGAGUGAUUUUCAGCUGGUCUGCUAACCGCCAAAGAAGUCCAGAGAAGAAGAAGAAGAAGCUCAGUGCUGAGACCAGACACUUGUGGAGAGGAACGCCGUCCAUCAUUGAAUCUGACUUCAGGGCAGCUGUCUGAGGAAGAAAGAUGACUCCCCCUCUCAAGAAACGAAGGGGCACGCCUCAUAGUCAUGACUGUCAGCAGUGUGGUAAAGAGUUCUCUUCUUCAUCUGAUUUAAAGACGCAUAUGCGAGUUCACACUGGAGAGAAACCAUACAGCUGUGAGCAAUGUGGUUUGGCCUUCUCUCAAGCAAGUACUCUACGGAUGCAUCAGCGUCUCCACACUGGAGAGAAACCAUACAGCUGUGAGAUCUGUGGGAAAGCUUUCAAACAGUCAUCUACAUUGAAGCGUCAUAUACGCACUCACAGUGGAGAGAAACCCUUCAGCUGUGAUCAGUGUGGUAUGACCUUCUCUCGAGUAAGUACUCUAAGGAUCCAUCAGCGUCGCCACACUGGAGAAAAGCCGUUCAGUUGUGAUCAGUGUGGGAAAGCUUUCUCAGUCUUAGGGACCCUCACCUUACACUGCCGCAUUCAUACUGGAGAGAAACCGUACAGUUGUGAUCAGUGUGGGAAAACCUUCAGGAGAAAAUACAACUUAACAUUCCACCAGCAGAUACACACAGGAGGGAAAACGUACAGUUGUGAGAUCUGUUGGAAAGCUUUCACACAUUUAUCUGCAUUGAAGCGUCAUACACGCACUCACACCGGAGAGAGACCAUAUAAAUGUGAGGACUGUGGUAAAAGUUUCAGUCAGUUGGGUCACUUCAAGGUUCACAGAAACAUCCACACCAGAGAAUUACUCUACCCUUGUCUGGAUUGUGGUAAAGUCUUUGCUCAGCAAGGUGCUUUAAAGCGUCAUGAGCGUAUUCACACUGGAGAGAAACCAUACAGCUGUGAGCAAUGUGGUAUGACCUUCACUCGAGUUAGUAAUCUAAGGAUCCAUCAGCGUCGCCACACUGGAGAAAAGCCGUUCAGUUGUGAUCAGUGUGGGAAAGCUUUCUCAGUCUUAGGGACUCUCAGGUUACACCGCCGCAUUCAUACUGGAGAGAAACCGUACAGCUGUGACCAGUGUGGGCAGAUCUUCAGGGAAAAACACCACUUAACAAGCCACCAGCAGAUCCACACUGGAGAGAAACCCUUCAGCUGUGAGCAAUGUGGGAAAACCUUCAGGCAAAAAAUCAACUUAGCAGUCCACCAGCAGAUCCACACUGGAGAGAAACCACACAAAUGUAGACACUGUGAGAAAGCCUUCAGAAGUCAAGGGGAAUGCAUCACACAUGAACGCGUCCACACUGGUCUGAAACCAUACGUCUGUGGGGAGUGUGGGAAGAGUUUUGGGAGUUCAUCUUCACUUGGCAGACAUGAACUCACCCAUGCUGGAGUCAGAGAGUACCAGUGUGAGCACUGUGACAAAUGGUUUGUUUCAGCUCAUAAGCUUGAGGAGCAUCUGCGUAUCCACACCAGACACAGGCCGUACUGGUGUGUUGGUUGUGAGAAAAGCUUCACAUGGAGCUCUGGGCUGAGAAGACACAAAUGUGUCACAACAGAGAGCUAAAAUUCUUUGUAGUCUUCAACUGUUUCAGGGUUCCCACAGAUCCUUAAAAAGUCUUAAAAGGCAUUGAAUUCAUGAAUCCAAAAAUAAGGCCUUAAUUGGCAUUAAAAUGUCUUAAAUCAGUCUUUCAAAAGUCUUAAAAAAUGUUAACACAUAAAAAGUAGGAUUUUAUGAUUCUAAAUAGUUUCCAAUCUCACAAUAAAUGGUAACAUUUAUUUCUUAAAAUAAUUUACCGAAUGACUCUCAUGGUAACAUUGCGCAAUCACGAUAGCAGAACCAACAAAACAGUGAUGUGGUUGCAGCCAGGCGUGUUAGAGCAGAUGCACGUCGUUCAUGUAGCAGCUUUGGACAACGUGGGAAAGAAAGCUGAAAGCGGUACCAGCAUGCACGCCCCUGCCUAGACGCAAACUGGACAUAGCGCGUAUAGCCUCAACAUCGUGGGGGGCUCACUUUGAGCAUCUUCUUCUCUCUCUCUGCAUGUCAUUUCGGUGUUUGUAUGAUUAAUAUGAUCGAGGUAAUGUAUAUACAAUGUUGACCAAACAGAAACUUUACCUGGUCGUUACGGUAGUAAGUCAAUCCUCAAAAUAUCUAUUUUUGGAGAUCAGUGCCAUACGUGAUCAAUGAGGUGUGUGCAGUGUUUGCUCGCUCUCCCUCUCUCUCUCUUCUGACUCUUGCAGCACAGAGACUCUAAUCAGAGACUCUAAUGGCCUGUACAUCCACCUGUUAUUCUGCAACCUCUGUUGUCAAAAGUCAGCUCCUACUCUCCUUUUGUUUGUGAAUUUAUGGUAAAACUCUUUAAUUGACAUCGUAGAA